CAAAGAAAAUCCCAAAAACCAAUCAAAGAUCACUCUCCUGCUUAUUAUUUCAUUGAGUAUGUAUCACUUACAUAUUUGCAUCAAGAGUAUAUUAUAUAUAAGCCUAAAAUUUCAAAGGCUAGAAGGAUUGACUUAUCUUUAUCACACUAAGAAGAGCAUGAUUUAAAUCACUGUAAUGGGAUUAUUUACUGUUAAUUACAGUCAUAUUCUUUGUCAAUAUCUCUAUCGAAAAACCUUUGUGCUAAAAAAGAAAACACUAGAUAACAAACAAAGUAUACCAAUCUACUCGAUGUUUCUUCUACUUUUUAAUAUCCUGACCCAUGUAACAUUUAGCGAUGCAUCACAUACUAAUCAAUUUUCGUUGUGAUUUGUCAAUGUCAAGGUGUCAGUCUAGGCUUCUUGGGUAUAUUGGUUGGAAUUUCAUGGAUAUAUUGGGCAAUGAAGAAAAGAGAUUUCAUCAAACUCAAAGAGAAGUACUUCAGAGAAAAUGGUGGAUUACUGUUACAGCAACAACUCGCUAGACAUGGAAUGGAGACAGCAAAACUCUAUAGUGCAGAAGAACUUGAGAAGGCCACAAACUAUUACCAUGCAAGUACAGUCCUUGGUGAAGGAAGCUAUGGAACAGUCUACAAAGGAAUACUACCAGAUAACAAAGAGGUCGCUAUUAAAAAGUCCAAAAUUGGUGCUCGUGCUCAGAGCGAUCAGUUUGUUAAUGAGGUGAUAAUUGUUUCUCAAAUAAACCACAGAAAUGUGGUGAGGUUAUUAGGUUGUUGCUUAGAGACAGAAGUGCCUUUACUGGUUUAUGAGUUCAUCAGGUGUGGAACUCUUUCUGAGCACAUUCAUAAAGAAACCAAAGGAGCAUCGCUGUCAUUGGGUUUAAGACUGAAGAUAGCAGCAGAAACCGCAGGAGCACUAGCAUACUUACACUCGUCCACUUCCAUGCCAAUCAUUCACCGAGAUGUCAAAGCAACGAAUAUACUAUUGGACGAAAAUUACACAGCGAAAGUGUCAGAUUUUGGAGCUUCACGAUUGGUUCCUCUAGAUCAAAACCAACUAUCAACUUUAGUGCAAGGGACACUUGGAUACCUAGACCCUGAAUACUUACUUACCAAUCAGCUAACAGAAAAGAGUGAUGUUUAUAGCUUUGGAGUUGUUCUUGUGGAACUGCUUACUAGUCAAGUUGCACUUUCUUUUGACCGCCGUGAGGAAGAGAGAAGCCUAGCAAGCUUCUUUGUUCGUUCAAUAGAGCAGGAUCACUUAAAAGAAAUUCUUGAUGGUGACAUAGUUGAUGAUGGACAUGUUGAUGAGACACUAAAAAAUAUAGCUAAUCUUGCAAAAAGAUGUUUGAGACUAAAAGGCGAGGAAAGGCCUACCAUGAAAGAAGUAGCCACAGAGCUAGAUGGAAUGAGAAUUACGAUAAUGCAUCCAUGCGGUAAAGCUGAUUUCGGUUCAGAAGAGACUGAGAAUUUGGAGACGAAUGCUGUUGCUGUUAAAGGUGACUAUGGUUCUAGUAGUACAACUAGUUGGUAUGACAGCAUGCAAAAACAAAUGUUAAUGCCAUAUGAUGAUGGACGAUAAGUAAUUAUCUAGCUGAUAGUGUGUAUAUCAUGUAGCGUUAGGAAAUCACUUAACUAUAUUAGUGUGUUAGUCAGUGUCUCAUAAAAUAAAAGGAGAUUAGCAUACUAAAUUGGGUAGUAAAGUUCUGUGAUAUUUUGCACUACCAUCUGUUUAUAGCUAUUGUACUAUAAAUUCAGCAUACCAUUAAAAUUAUUGGAAAAAAUUU